UAGCCCGCCUGACAUGCAAAACGCGGGACGACGAGUAUCCGUAUAACGAACAGCGUUGUCUAGGAGACGUAAGACGGUGACGCUUUCAGCCACGUAGCUCGCGUGCGAAGGAGAUAUAAAGACUUGUUUUUGCCACGCAAGAGUGUAUUUUUUUCGUGGUAUGGCCGAGCUGCACAUCAUAGGUCAGCUGGUUGGGGCCACGGGCUUCCCUCGGAACAGUCUCUUUUGCAAAUGGGGGGUUCACACUGGCGGAGGGUGGCGUCUUCUCUCUGGCUCGAAGCAGGGUCAGACUCAAGUGGACAGCCCCCAGACGGGCGACAUGGCGUACUGGUGCCAUCCCAUUGACUUGCACUACGCCACCAAGGGACUGCAAGGUUGGCCCAAGAUCCAUCUCCAGGUGUGGCACCAAGAUUCGUUCGGUCGGUGCGAGUUGUUCGGGUACGGCUACUGCCACGUCCCCUCUAGUCCGGGACAUCAUCGAGUCAGCUGCUGUACGUGGAGGCCCCUCGGCUCCUGGCAGCAGGAGCUAUCGCGAAUGUUUGUCGGCGGGGGACCGCAGCUCAGGAGCCCCGAUCUAAUCUACAGCGGCGCGGACAGAUACAGGCUGCACACCGCGUCCAUGGGCACCGUGGAGCUGGAGCUCGGCAUCAUCAUGAGAAAUUUUGACAAAUACGGCGUCGAGAGCUAACACGAAAAUGAGCCGCAUGUUUUUUUGGGUU